AUGUCUUCAGCUCCGGCGGUUGUUAGUCCGGAAACAAUUGUCUUCACUGGAAGAGACCUACCCAGUCCGGAUACCAGUCUCAAAGUCUUCAAUAAGGAUUAUCGAGUCCACGCAUGCGUGCUCAAGAUGCAUUCAGCCUUCUUCGCCAAAUCCCUCGAUUCGCCAGACAAAGUCAACCAUGAGCAAGGAGAAUUACAUACGAGUGGGUUACUCAAAUGGAAAAGAAGGACAAAAGCGAAGAUCGCAGCCACUAUUCCUGGUGUCUCGUGUCGCGCGGAAAUGCGCCUAGAAUCUCGAAGACAACGGAAAAGCGGAUAG